UGGAUGGCCAGGGAACGGCCAGUUCUGUGCGUUGUGGGGCAGCCCUAUGUUUCUCUGUCAUUUCUCUAUCACAUCUCGCCAUACACGCACGCGUGGAUCUGACCGUACACGCAUCUGGCAGUGCCAGCCAUGCACGCACCCCAAAAUAUGCAGCCCCGCCACCACACACACACACCACACGCGCUCGCCUGAGUCAUGCAGUGGUCUUGAUGAGAUAUCCCUCAGCCUUGAGAGCUUUCUUGGUGAGAUGCACCGGCACAAACUCAUGUGCCCGGGGCUCCGCGUCGAACCUGCCGGUGGGGUCGGCGAUGAACACGCCGAGCACCGUGCGGCCGUACUUGCGGUUGCGCAGACCCACCAGACGACCGUCGCCCAUAACCUGCAUUGCCAUGGCCACGCAAAGAUGUCAUCCACGUGUGGGUGCGCGUGUCCGGGUGUGUGUGUGGCACAUACGGGCGGCAGGGUGCCGAUCUCUGAAGGGUAUUCGAUGAGCACGAUGGUGUCCUCCUUGAUGAGCGGGCUGGAGGCGAUGCAGCUGACCAGACGGGAGUAGACCACCUCCUCGUAUGGCGGGCACACAAACACCAGGUCAACCGCAUCACGCAGGGCAAACCGACCCGGGUAGCGGAGCGUCUCCUGUUGACACCACACACACACACAGAGAGAGAGAGAGAGAUUACACACAGUGCGUGUGUAGGUGUCUGACGUUCCAAUGCUGACCUCCACGUCUGCACGUAUGACGCGGCCCUGUGGCUGAAAGUUGCACUGGCGCAGGUUGUGCACCACCGACUGAUGAGAAGGAAAGAGAGAGGGAGAAAGGAAGAUGCACCACACGUGUCACCCACCACUCACCCAGGCAUCCAUCCUUUUCUCUGUGUGUCACUCACUGACCUACCUGGCAGCAUUCCUUGGAAAGGUCAACGAAGGUGCCCGAGGCCGCUCCCCGUGAGAGCGCCUCGAUGCCAACCGCACCCGUGCCGCUGUACAGAUCCAGAAAACUGAUCACGCCCACGGACAGACACCCACGGACAGACACCCACGAACAUAUGCGUGGCUUCCGAUUUUCUCUCUCUCCCUCCCUCCCUCACGUGAUGGGCUCCUCUUGAUCGAAGACACCAAACUGCGUCAGCAUGUUGAACACCGCCUCCCGCACCUACACACGCAGAUCGCAGAGAGAUCCACCAGGCCAGAGCUCUCCUCAUGGGUCGGCUCACCUUUGCCAUCAUGGGCCGCAGGUAGACAGGCGGGGAUGUGAGUUUCCGCCCCUUCAUGACGCCCCCACCCACCCGCAGCAUCGACGGGUUGUUGGUCCCCGCCUGCACACGGCCCUGAGUCCGCCGAGGGGAACCACCAGACUCUGCAUAUGCAGUCGCAAAACAAAAGCAUGGCUGUGUGUGUGUGUGUGUGUGUGUGUGUUGGGGGCGUGGGGUGAGGGAGUGACCUUUGAGUGGUGGUGGCAUCUUGAGCAGUUUGUAUCUGGUCUUCAUGUCGCCGCGGACCUGCCUGGACGCCACCAGUCGGCUGUCGGGCACACCCUCACUGUCCCUGUGUGGCGUGGUGUGGUAUGCAUGAGAGCAAGAAGGCACUGAUGCGUCUGUGGAGUUACCGGGAAUCUGACGGCUCACCUGGAUAUCUCUCGCCUCCUGGGUGGCUGCAAUCAAGCCACACACACAUGUGCACACACACCGUGCUUGCAAACAGAGGCCCCAUUGCAUCCCAUCCCAUCUGCCCUUCACUCACUGACCUGUUUUGGCUUCUCUCUCCUGUCGUCGUCGGCCACGUCAUCUCCCUCAAACAGCCCAAGAUCCUCUAUGUCAUCCAUCAUACCAAUCUCGCCACCCUCCCCCCCGACACCCCCAUCCACACCCACACCCACAUCUAAGCCAGUCGGCGCCGCGUGCAGCCGACUGACCGGCAACGGAGGCCUGACAACAGACACCAUCGCAGGCAGGCGUGGACAGGUGUGAGUCUGGCAUGCUGUGCACUGACAGUAGUUGUAGCAGCGCGCCGGUGUUUGUGAUCCUGCAGCACUUGAGCUCGAGCACGCGCAGCUGGCGCAAAGCGGGAGGAAACGCGAACGCCGACACCUGCAAUCCAGUCGUCCACACACACACACACACACCAUCCCGUGAUGGACAGAGCUGCCAUAUAUCCAUUCAUGCACACGCAUCCCAUCUCCCAGCUCACCGUGCUGUUGCAGCUGCCGCUACCGGCAUUGCUUCUCGUCACGGCUCCCCUCCCCCGCCACGGUCUCUUCUUCAGCCUGUGGCGAACCAGAUGCGGCCAUGCGGGGAUGGACGACUGCAGAUGCGGCCGAUCUGGGCCGGUGGCGGCAGAUGCUUCAUGCUGCGAUGACAGCACACCGUACAGCACGCUCCAAAACAUGUUUUUCACCUUCU